UUUCUGAGCAAAAUACAAGGCAUGCAUGUGUGACGCAGCACAAAUGAUCUGCCUUAACCAUCUGUUGGGAAGAAACCUGCUCAGCCAGUCCGCAUUUGCCUUGAGGUGACACUAAGUGACAAACCACAGAAUCCCUUAAUUCUUAAAAUUUUAAGUUAGUUUACUGGGAAAUAAAUUGGAAGGCAGAAGACAAAACACAGAUACAUUUGUGAGGUUUUUGGUGUCUCUCCUUCCCAACUCACACCAAUUUUAGAGGCACAAACAGGUCGUGUCACUUCAUCUGUCAGUGGCCGGGUGUUCAUGACGCCUGGCCCACGAUAAAGAGGAGUGAGAGAAUGGGUGGAGUUUGGAUGGUGCUUUGUGUAGUUUGUCUCUGUCUCAGCAAAGAUAAAAGCAGUUAAAGGAGGACAUGUAGCUUCCUCUUCAACAAUUCUUCUCUACUUUUGACAUUCAGCAUCCUGUUCAUCUGAAUGGAGCUAGUCAUUGAGUGAUUAGUGUUUAGUCUGCUUUGUUGGGGAUGCAUCGGUCUUGCCACCGCCUCACGAUUCUUCAUCAGUCUUGCCACCGCCUCACGAUUCUUCACAGUGGAUACCUGACGCAAACACGGAUGAAGACCGAUAUGUUGUCUCAUAUGCCUGGUAUAUUUUUUGUGGCACUCUAAGAUGAGCCACAAAGGCUUUUAACCUGAUGAAGGAUAUCAGUGAUGGACAGAUUAAAUGACAUGACACCUGCUGUUGUUAAAAGGAACAGUGUGAAAAAUGGUAAAGAUGUUUGCAAGUCUCCCACACAGGCACCGAAGUUUGAAUGGAUCAGCAAAUACCACAAAGCCACCGGAGGCCAGGGAGUUGUCAAACAAGCACUUGCACCCCUCGGCACAACACUCACUAAACUCAACCAGCACCGGAAAACAGAGAAACCAUCAGACAAAAAGGGAUCUUUAGAAAGGGAGAAAGGUUCUAACAGUGGCACACAGAAGUCUAAAGCAUGUUCCAUCCCAGAGAGUCCGGGUCUCUCCAGUCGAGAGGACCGGGAUGACCUGGUGCGCUCCUCCAGCCACACCCCGUCAAACAAAGCUCAGAUUCUGGCCAUGCCGCAGUUCGGCCUGCGUGACAACCUUAUCAGGUGUGAGCUGCUCAAGAAGGAGGACCUGUACACUUACCUACAGGACUUCAGCUUUUUUCUGGGCACAUACAAUGUCAACGGACAAACACCUAAGGAAAGCCUCCGUCCUUGGUUAAGCUGCACUCCCAACCCUCCCGACAUCUACUGCGUGGGUUUUCAGGAACUCGACCUCAGCAAAGAGGCCUUCUUCUUUAAUGACACCCCCAAAGAGCUGGAGUGGACAAAGGCUGUGUCUGAGGCCUUGCAUCCAGGUGCCAAGUAUGCCUUAGUGAAGCUGGUGCGUCUGGUGGGCAUUAUGCUGAUCUUCUAUGUGAAGAAGGAGCAUGCAGCGUUCAUCUCUGAUGUGGAGGCUGAGACUGUGGGCACUGGCAUCAUGGGAAGGAUGGGAAACAAGGGUGCCGUUGCGAUCCGUUUUCGUUUCCACAACUCUGACGUCUGUGUGGUCAACUCUCACCUGGCUGCCCAUAUUGAAGAGUAUGAGAGACGUAAUCAAGACUUCAAGGACAUUUGCAGUCGUCUCUUGUUUCGCCAGUUUGACCCCACCCAGCCUGCACUCACUAUCAUGAAGCAUGAUGUGAUUUUAUGGAUUGGGGACCUCAACUACAGAAUCAGCGAUCUCGACGUUGACAGUGUGAAGGAGCUAAUCAGCAGGAAGGACUUUGAAACGCUGCACACUUAUGAUCAGCUCAAGAGGCAGAUCGAUGAGGAGGCCGUGUUUGUUGGCUUUGUGGAGGGACAGAUUGAUUUCCAGCCCACCUACAAAUAUGACACUGGCUCUGACAAUUGGGACACAAGUGAAAAAUGCCGUGUGCCUGCGUGGUGUGAUCGUAUCCUUUGGAGAGGGAAGAAUAUACAGCAACAGCAUUAUCAGAGUCACAUGGCUCUGAAGACGAGUGACCACAAACCAGUCAGUUCCCUGCUUGUCACUGGGAUCAAGAGAAUAAACAAUGAGGACUAUAAAAAGACCUUUGAAGACAUUGUACGUGAUAUAGACAAAAUGGAGAAUGAGUGUAUUCCGUCUGUAACAUUGGCCAAGCAAGAGUUCCAUUUUAAGGAUGUGAAAUACAUGCAGCACCAGGCACAGACACUGAGCCUCUUCAAUGACGGGCAGGUUCCGUGUCAGUUUGAGUUCAUACAGAAGCCGAAUGAGCCCACAUACUGCAAGCCCUGGCUUACAGCCAACCCCUCCAAAGGCUUUAUUUCCCAGGGUGGUUCUGUGGAUAUUGAGCUUGAGGUUUUUGUAAACCGCUCAACAGCACCUGAUCUCAACUCCGGAAAGGAGCUGAUUGAAGACAUCCUGGUGCUCCACCUGGAGAGAGGCAAGGACUACUUCAUCUCAGUGUCAGGAAACUACCUGGCCAGCUGCUAUGCCACCUCCAUCUAUUCUCUGUGUCACAUGAGGGAGCCCAUCCAGGACAUGCCGCUAGAGACCCUCCGUGAAUUGGCGGAGAUGUCUGGCAAUGAGAAUGCGUUAAAGACUGAAAAGCCUCUAGACAUUCCUAAAGAACUCUGGAUGAUGGUGGAUCACUUGUUCCGAAAUGCAAUCAAACAGGAGGACAUAUUUCAGCAACCUGGGCUCCGGAGUGAAUUUGAGGACAUAAGGGAUUGUCUCGACACUGGCAUGCCAGAUUCUCUCCCGGGUAGUAACCACUCAGUGGCAGAAGCCUUGCUUCUCUUCUUAGAUGCCCUCCCAGAGCCUGUGGUUCCCUUCUCCUUUUACCAGCAGUGCCUAGAAAGCUGCUCCAAUGCCAGUCAGUGUGAGAAAAUAAUUUCCAUGCUACCUCAGUGCCAUCAAAAUGUGUUCAACUAUUUAGCUGCCUUUCUCCGUGAGCUGUUGAAGAAUUCUGCCAGCAAUCGAUUAGAUGUCAAUAUCUUGGCCACCAUUUUUGCCUCCUUGCUCCUGAGAUCACCAACGAAGCAGGAUCUUGCAGAAAAGAGAAAGACUCAGGAAUUCUUUCAGCACUUCCUGACCCAAGGAUCCACUUAAUUGGAGGAUUUGAAGCUGAAGUUGAACACUAAAAACUGUACCCAGUAUUUGAAAUAAAAUGUAAUGGUUUCUUAUAUUCUUAGAUGGCUCUUUGUAUAGAUAGAGUAUAAUUACUGUAAGUGACAGCUGUUAUCUGAUAUUAGUUUGUUUAAAAAAAAAAUGUUAUCUGUUGAUUGACAAUGUCUAUUGUAAAUCAUUGAGCAUCUAUAGAGAUAAUUUUUAAUGUAUGUAUAUUUUAUUUAAGAAAAAUUAUUUGUAUUUUAAUGUUUCUGAUCUCAACAGCACAUUGUUUUUAUACAUAAAACAAUUGGAAACAAGGUG